CUUCCGCCCAUUCAUUCCACUCGGCGGCUGCCGCUUCCUGGCGCCAGCGGCGGCGCGGGCUGCUCGCAGGAGGCCUCCGCCGCGCCCGCCUCUGCCCCGGGGCCGCCGCCGCUCCCGGCCUCCCGCCGCCGCCCCUGCCUCCCGCCGCCAUGAAGCUCGUCAGGUUUCUAAUGAAACUCAGUCAUGAGACUGUGACCAUUGAACUGAAGAACGGGACACAGGUGCACGGAACUAUCACAGGAGUCGAUGUCAGUAUGAACACGCAUCUCAAAGCAGUGAAAAUGACGCUGAAGAACAGAGAGCCUGUGCAGCUGGAGACCCUGAGUAUUCGAGGGAAUAACAUUCGCUACUUCAUUCUGCCAGACAGUUUGCCUCUGGAUACCUUGCUAGUGGAUGUUGAACCAAAAGUCAAAUCCAAGAAAAGAGAAGCAGUUGCUGGAAGAGGCCGUGGCCGAGGCCGUGGGAGAGGCAGAGGUCGUGGAAGAGGAAGAGGAGGUCCAAGACGAUAACUUCUCACCACAACUGUUACCAAAUUCUGGGCAAUUUUGAAUAGUUUUUGUACAGGUCUUGUUUACAGUGUCCAUUUUUAAUAAACUGAAAUGUGAAAAA